ACGACUUGUCAACGCAAUAGCAAUUCCGUAGUCAAGCAAGGAGAGUUUUUUGAGUCAUAGUCGGAAGAAGGUUUUCUUUAUAAAUCUUCCUACGGAAUUUCAAUCCUUUCACUCUGUAUAUAAACCACUUUUUGGUGUUUCCUCUUUAGCUAGCCCACCUAGAGCUUGCCCAAGUCUUCUUUAACCUUUUCCUUCUAUUUAAUCAUGCUUCUUUGAUCUCUCUUUGUUAUUCUAGCGCAUGCGUUUAAUUUUUUUGCUUCUUCUCCUUCUUCAGUCCUAGCUCAACUAUAUAGCUUUUCCUACAGUUGUUUGAGGAUUGAAGAUGGAGAAACAAAACUUUGUAGUGAAUAGUAGGAUCAAGUUGCCUAUUGGGUACAGGUUUUGUCCCACGGAUGAAGAGCUCGUUGUUCAUUACUUGAAGCGAAAGGUUUUUGGGAUGCCAUUGCCUGCUUCAGUUAUCCCCGAGCUUGAUGUUUUCCAGGCUGAUCCUUGGAGCUUGCCAGGUGAUUUGAAGGAGAAAAGGUAUUUCUUUAUGAGAAACAUAACUGGAAACGUCAAUGACAGCAAAUGCAAAAUAGCUGCUGGUUCCGGGUACUGGAAAUCCAUUGGCAAACACAAGCAAAUUAUGGCUUCUGGCAGCUAUAAACAAGCUGUUGGGUCGAGGAAAACUUUAGUUUUCCGCCGAGGAAAGCCUGCUAAUAAUCCUCAGACUAAAACUAGAUGGUUGAUGCAUGAAUAUCGCCUUUUAUGCCCCACAACAAACCUCAACUCAACCCACCUGAUGAGUGAUUGGAUUGUGUACCGCAUAUUUCAAAGGAAGAGAAAGCCAAAGAAGCAUGGAAGCGUUUCAAAUUAUCUCCCUUGCAGCAACAGAAAUCAAACUGUUGGGAUAACUAGACCAAGUCGUUUAGAUUUUAGUGUUGAAGAUCAGUCUGAUUUAUUAGGUCCUCCUCAACCAUGUUCGUCAAGUUCAAGUGAAAUUACAGAUGAGAUAUGUUUAGAUCAAGAAGAAACCAGUGGUUACACCAGCUUCUUUUCUUAUUCUUGUGUCAGAAAAAGCUGAAAUUAACCAGAAUUUUCUUUAUUUUGUGCAAUAAAUGAGGGAAGAAGAAAAGGGCUUGAUUAUUAUUCAAAUCCAAUUAGAUA